AAAACCAACCAAACAGCUAAUUAAGCCGAAGAGGAAAAUGAAGGGAAACUCGAAAAUGUAAGUAUUCCCUCUCCUUAACAGCCGAGCAUUUAACUUUGGAGCCUCAGCAAGGGAAAUACCGGGCUGCUCGGCACGUUUUCGCUAAGCUUCAUUUUCCACACAAUGCAGAAUAAAAUGCUAGUUUAAAGCGGCCACGUUACUGAAGGAUUUUCCACCGCUACCGGCAGACUUACGUCCUUUAAAAUCACGGCAUACACAAAAGAGCAACGUUUAUCCAAAAUAGGCUAAAAAUACACGGAACGAGAAGGGGGAAAAGCGUACAAAUCCGUCCUCAGAAGCUACCGACGAGGAAGUCGGAGAGGUCUGAGUGUGUUUGAGCUCGGAUUGUUUAAUAGAAAGAUUUAUAUACUAACUGUAUUAUUUACUUUGGGAGGGGAGGUGGCAGUAUAAGGGUAUGCUAAUUAGUGGGAGAUUUUUUUUGGGGGAAGGGGUGGAAUAUCAAUUUUUAUUGCAUCACCUGUCAGGAGUGUCCAAUCAGCGUUGGCUUUAGGGGAAUUAAUUGAUGAAGGUGUCUCCGGACGAGCUCACUUCACUCUGUCAUUUUAUUUGUAGCUAAAGCAGCGGCGGGAAUAGCAGCUGCAUUUCUUUUCUCUUCCUCCCUUCACAUUCCAUUAUCAUAGUUUCCAAUGGAAAAGCAGGGAAUGAAAGGGAACAGGUACUGAUCUUCAGCAACAACUUAGAGAAACACUUUGGCAAACCUGAUUUUUAAGAUUAUCUAUUGAUUGUAGCCUCACGGUAUUUUUUUAAUUUAUUUUUUUUUCAAUUUCGUCUAAAGUUUGGCACUUCAUUCACCAGGAAUAACGGCCUUUGUUAUAUUUUAUUAGCAGGAUGCCUUGAGACAAAUACAGCAUCUGGCUGAGGAUUGUGUGUGUGUGGCUUUUUCUCCUUUUUUUUUUGGUCCUUUUUUUUUUCCUUUUUUUUUCCUUUUUUUUUUUUUUUCCCUCCACCUCUCUCUCACUCUCUGCAAAUGCUGGGAAUAAUUUAAUUCACGAAAUGGGAGACCUGAAGUCGGGUUUUGAAGAGGUGGAUGGCGUGAGGCUCGGCUACCUCAUCAUUAAAGGAAAGCAAAUGUUUGCACUCUCCCAGGUUUUUACAGACCUGCUCAAAAACAUCCCGCGAACUACCGUGCACAAGCGAAUGGAUCAUUUAAAAGUAAAAAAACAUCACUGCGACCUGGAGGAGUUGAGGAAACUCAAAGCCAUCAACUCCAUCGCUUUCCACGCCGCCAAAUGCACCCUGAUCUCCAGAGAGGACGUGGAAGCCCUGUACACAUCCUGCAAAACCGAACGGGUCCUUAAGACGAAACGGAGGAAAAUCAGCCGUGCGCUGGCAGCCACCGACCUCCGGCCGGAGCUCUCACCCACCGACCCCUUCUCCGGCUUCUGGAAGGAGAACAAACUUUGGCUGGGCCUGCGGGACCCUCCCCGGCCCCUGCUGCCCGUCAGGAGGAAAGCUUUGCGUCCGGGGGACACAGCCUUGCUACCGGCCUCUCAUCUACCUCACAUUUUUAGUAAAUACACUGGCCACAGCUACCCAGAAAUCGCUCGGGCGCCUUGCAAACCCCCCGUAAACUAUGAAACAACGCCGCCGGCGGGCAGCUGCGCGCCCCUCCGCUCCCGCCCCCCGCCCGCCGCCGCGCCGCGGCUCCCGGCGGCCGGCCCCCCGCCCCUGCCCGCCCGCUGCCGCCGCCGCCGCCUCCUCCACGGGGCGGCCGCCGCCGCUGCCGCUGCCGCCGCCGCCGCGCUGGGUCCCCCCGGCGGCGCCCGCCGGACCCUGGCCGCGCCGCGGCCCUACCGACCCCGCGGCUGCCCGCGGCUGCCGCUGCUCCGCGGCUUCGGGCCGACGCCGCCCGCCUUCCCCGAGAGCGGCAGCAGUGACUCGGAGUCCAGCUGCUGCUCCGGCCGCGCCGCGCACGACUCGGACUGCGGCUCCAGCCUCUCCAGCUCCAGCGAGGGCAGCUCGGAGGAGGAGGACGAGGAGGAGGAGGACGAGGAGGGCAGCGGCGCCACGGACUCCAGCGAGGGCAGCUCGGAGGAGGAGGAGGAAGAGGAGGAGGAAGAGGAGGAGGAGGACAGCACCUCGGACUCUGACUCCAGCUCGGUCUCCAGCCAGGUCUCGGUGCAGAGCAUCCGCUUCAGGCGCACCAGCUUCUGCAGCCCGCCCGGCGUGGUCCACGCCAACUUCUUGUACCAUCUGGCGGCCGCCACCGCCCCUCGGCCCCCGGCCCCGGCGGAGCCCGGCGGGCUGCCCGCCCUCCGCGGCGCUCCCGGCGGAGUCAAGCCGGAGCUGCCGGAGGAGUGGGGCCGCCCCGGCUGGGCUCCCGCCGCCCCGGCGCUGCGCUGCUCCGGCGGCCUGGGGAGCUGCUUCUCGGAGAUAAGAGAUGAUAGGGUAUCCGAGAUCACAUUCCCACACUCUGAAUUUUCCAAUAAUGCCAAGAGUACUGACCUAACAAUUAACUGUGUUGCAAAGGGGGCCUCUUCACCUAGCCCAAAGACAAACAAUGCAUUUCCACAACAAAGAAUACUCAGAGAGGCAAGGAAAUGCCUUCAAGCAACUACUACACACCGUGCAGAUAACAAUACAAUAGCUGCUAGGUUCUUAAAUAAUGAUUCUUCAUCAGCGGCAGCAAAUUCAGAGAAAGAUUCCAAAAUCCCUCAUUGUAUUGAAUUUGCCACGGAUUUGCCCUCUUUACAAACGGCUCCUGAGGAGGAUGCUGCUUCUCCAGGGGCAGCAGCAGCAGCCGCAGCUGAGCUCCAGUGCACUGAUACAGGCAAUAAGGCAUUGCCACUCCUGCACAGCAUUAAAAUCAAAAUAGAGGACAGCAGUGCGAACGACGAGUAUGAGCCCGAUCUUACAACACAUAAGCUAAAGUGUGAGUGCAAUGAUACUAAGGAUGAGUUGUACGGUGUGACUGAGGGUAAUAACCAGGACGCUUUAUUAACAGCCAAGGAAGAUUCUGCAUGCACUGAGAAAGAAACCACUUCCUUAAACCUGCUGACUCAGAGUCAGGUCCUCUCAUGCACUUUAGGUACUCCAAAACCUGAGGAUGGGGAGUAUAAAUUUGGAGCAAGGGUGAGAAAAAAUUACAGGACACUGGUUUUGGGAAAGCGACCUGUACUGCAGACUCCUCCAGUCAAACCAAAUCUGAAAUCAGCUCGAAGCCCACGUCCUACAGGUAAACCCGAGACACAUGAAGGAACACUGGAUGAUUUUACAGUUAACAAUAGACGCAAAAGGGUAGCCAGCAAUGUAGCAUCAGCAGUGAAAAGGCCAUUUAAUUUCAUGGCAAAUUUUCCCUGUCCACCAUCACUAAUUAUUGGCAAUGAUGGGGAUUUGUUGCCAGCUUAUUCCUUAAACACCACUAAGGAUUCCCAACCACCUCACAAGGCCCAUCCUGUAUGGAAAUGGCAGCUGGGCGGUUCUGCAAUACCUCUUCCACCUAGCCACAAAUUCAGGAAAUUUAAUUAAUAAAAUAGUUUGGAAAAUA